UCCCAUUCCAACCAUCAGUUUGUGCUUAUCCGUUUGUACUCGUACCACGCAGUAUCCUACGGCUCAAGAUGAAAUUCUUCCUGGCUUUCGUUGGCACCGUGUGCCUAAUGGGUGGAAUCCACGCUCAGAUUGGCAACGUCGCCACCACAGUGGCAAGCGCCAUCAGCACCUCGAACGCGAACCUCGCUUCCACGAUACAAAGCGUGAACAGUACGAUCGUCGCUGCCGACCAGAUCAUUUUGAGCUCAUAUGCCUCCUUCGGUAAUAGCAUGAUUAAUCUCUUCAAUUCCUACUACACUAAGUAUCAGACUUACACCAGCAUCGAUCUGAGCCCGAUCACCAGCGCAAUCAGCAACAUGCAAAGUAUGAUGACCAGUCAACCCCAGCUGAUGGCAGGUGACAGCUACAAUGUCCAGCAAAUAUUCACCGAGGUCCAAACGAGCGCUCAGCAGAUCCAAGAUGCGCUCAACGGUGCUGUUACGACUAUGACUAACGCUUGUGGAUCCAAUUGCGCCAGCACCAAAGCCGUUAAAUGUGCCAAUAAGUUCGGUGGCCAACUGAACAGUACUACGAUCACUAUUGAUCGUGUCACUGCUUGUAUUGCCGAUGAAGCAACGCGUUACACUCAAAUCGGUGCCGACACCGCUUCGCAGUACACGACCUCUCUAACCUUGGCUACGAACUACCUGCUGAUGGAUAGUAUGUGCGAUAUUCCAGACGCAACUACCUUGAACAAUCCAUCCACGACCAUGGGACCUCUGUCAACUCAAUGUUUCUCAAACUAUCUCCAGCGGUUCACCAACGUUCCGAUAUAUUCUUACACUACCGACAUACCUCGCAUGACCCAGACACAACUGAUCUCCUUCCGUGCCAAGCGAUGCGCCAAACUGGUUGCACUGGACAUUACGGAUCGCAUCAACCAAAUAUCGGCCAAAUACGCCGCGUGUCUGUAG